AUGAGAGUGACUGCGAGAAGGGGUCAAUUGCGGUUCCGAUCAAAGCUUAUUUCACUCCCAGAGGUCUUAAACGAAGGAAGGCAGACAACGGAAGAAGACUCCAUUCCACACAUAGCAAAUGAAGGAAGGGCAGCAGCUAGAGGUGACAGCGCAGUGAGAGAGGAGAGUGAGAAUCCUAAAGUUUGGGCUCGAAUUUGCAUAAACAAGCUGGCUGAGUUGGCCAAAGAAAGCACAACAAUGUGGAGACUGUUGGAUCCUAUGCUAGUCUACUUUGACAUUGGAAAACACUGGCCUCCUCGGAAUGGGCUUGCUUUGAUUGUUUUAUCUGACAUGGCUUGCUUUGUAAAAGGCUCAGGUGCUUCCAGAGGUGCUUCUGCUGCAGCUUCUCAAGGCUAUGAUGCAUCCAGGAUUCCAGAUGUUGAAACUCGAGUGGGUGCUCACCAGAUAUUUUCGGCCGUCCUUAUCCAAACUCCAAAUCAUCCAAGGCAAGGAUCAGAGUAUCUCUACAAAUUGAGGAAAUGGAACUCCAAAACUUCAUCAGCGUUUGCCUCACCUAUUGCUUUACUUGAAAAACUCCGAUAGGGAAAGGAGUGCAUGGAUGCAGAUAAGCAAGUAAAUGACAUCGCAGAUGAUAUCAAGGAAAAGGACAUCGCCUGGAAAGGUUCACCAAAUGUUUAUAAAAUGAAUUAUGCAAUUAUGUAUAAAAGUGGAACUUCCACUCCCCCUCAGGCAACAUAACAUGCCAUUCCAUGUUUCUUUACUAGCUUCAUGAAUUUCCUGGUCAUCAUAUAUGCCAAUAUGUCUUCUGUAUACUGGCUGCACAGGAAACUAAAAGUAUCAUGUUAACUGAAGAACAAACUGCGCAAUUACUAUCCGCAUUCUGGUUGCAAGCCAUUCAACCAGAUAA